AUGCUCUCCACAAACGGCAAGGUCGUCGCCCACGCUGCGGUCGCGGCCGAGAUGGAGGCGCUCCCCAAGAGCAUCCAGGAGGUGCUUGGCCUCAUCGACCAGCCGCUGCGCGUCGAGAUCUCGGACGGGCGCAUCCUCAUCGGCUCCUUCCACUGCCUCGACCAUGAGAAGAACUUGAUCUUGACCGAGACCAACGAGUACCGGUACGCCAACCAAGACGACGACGAAGUGCCGCAGAUCCCAUCAAAGCGCUUCCUUGGCAUGACGCUCGUGCCAGGCCGCCACAUUGUCAAGGUGAGCCAGCUCGCGAUCGCGUGAGCGCCCCCAACACCGACUUCCUCCACCUCAGACUAGAAAAAACUAACUUAAAAUCUCAAACCCC